UAUACACGUCGUCUUCUUUUUGUCCUUUUUCAAAGUUUUAUAUAUUUAUUUACAUCAAUCUGAAGACCAUUUUUCAUUAAGAGAGACGAAAAUUUUUCAUGAUUUGCAGAUCGGCUCUGAGUAGUUCGUUUGGGCAGUCGCGCUAUUUAUUUUGAGUUUUUUCCCUUAGUUAUGGGCUUGGAUUUGGUUUUGUUGCGGAUGGUUUAGAACAAAUCUGCAUCUGGGUUUUGUUCCGCAGGGUGAAAUAUCAAGUGGGUCGUUGCCGUAAAUAUUGAUUUCGAUAGGAUUUCCCAUCUGGGUGUUCUUGAGAAUUUCGAGGUUUAGGGUUAGAAAAAUUUAAUAUAUUCAGAUAAUGUUUCUGUUCGAUUGGUUUUAUGGCAUUUUGGCUUCCCUAGGCCUCUGGCAGAAGGAGGCAAAGAUUUUAUUUCUGGGACUGGACAAUGCUGGAAAGACUACGUUGUUGCACAUGCUGAAAGAUGAGAGAUUGGUCCAACAUCAGCCUACUCAGUAUCCUACAUCUGAGGAAUUGAGUAUUGGUAAGAUCAAGUUUAAGGCUUUUGAUCUUGGUGGUCAUCAAAUCGCACGGAGAGUCUGGAAAGACUAUUAUGCAAAGGUUGAUGCUGUUGUUUACUUGGUUGAUGCGGCUGAUAAAGAAAGGUUUGCCGAAUCCAAAAAGGAGCUUGAUGCUCUACUUUCAGACGAUUCAUUAACAACUGUGCCUUUCUUGAUAUUGGGAAAUAAGAUUGACAUACCAUAUGCAGCAUCAGAGGAAGAACUACGCUACUAUCUUGGGUUAGCAAAUUACACAACUGGUAAAGGUAAGGUAAACUUGGCGGACUCUAAUGUUCGUCCUAUUGAAGUCUUCAUGUGCAGCAUUGUUAGAAAAAUGGGCUAUGGUGAAGGUUUUAAGUGGGUAUCUCAGUAUAUUAAGUAGGUUAAUGACUGAGACAAGUGCUUUCUUGUAUUUAGCCAAUGGUACAACGUCUGAGAUCGAGUUUUUCUUAAAUUGGUUAGUUUUGGGCCGGUAUUUGUUAAUCAAGUUGAAUAAAUCAAGGCACAAAGGACUUUAUGACAAAAAGAAAAAAAAAGCUGUUUGAUAUAGUACUUUUAGAUCAUGGUGCAGUUAUCAUUUGUCAGGCAUGUUCCUGACAAUAUGAAUUUUCUAGUAUUCGAUUGUUUGUUUCAAAAACCAGCAAGAAGAAGAAAUAGCUCAUUAAUUUUCGGAAGAAGCUUUCAUUGGUUCGGCGCAACAGUUUGUUUUUUGUCAAUGUGAUUAAACAAUGGAAAUUAUGUCUGUCAAUUGGGAAGUUUCUAUUUUGGAGCUACAAAAAACUAUAAUAACUUUUGAAGAAGUUUUCCAGAAACUUGAAUGUUUAAAUUUUUUCGUUAUGUUA